AUGGCAGACGAUGCCCAAGUCACAGAAGCUGUACCUCAGUUUGGCUUCAAGAAGCGCGCCAAAGGCAAGGCCAACUUCCGCAAGAAGCCCGCAACACCGCCACCGGCCUCAGACUCGGGGUCUGAUUUCACCUCAUCCGACGAUGAAGAAGGCCGGCGCAUCAAGAGGCGACGCAAGAAUGCAGCAGUGACAGCUUCAUCCGCCGCAAACGCCACCAGGAGAGACCCUGCCGCCGAUCAACCUACGAGCACCGGUCCAGUGCCGCUAUCAACGAGCAACGAUGCCACAAAAUCAGCCAACUGGUACGACGAGGAGGAUUUGAGCGCUAAGAACCUUCUGGGAUCUACUCGGGCUCAGUCCUCUGCGGCCACUGGUCCCGAUGGGACUUACAAGGGUGCGGCCAAUUACUCAAACUUCAUUCAGAAGAACCCCGAUGCGCCGAACAAGCAGUUUGGUCCGAUUAAGGCGCCCACGAACGUGCGAACUGUGACAGUGAUGGAUUUUGCCCCCGAUGUUUGCAAGGACUGGAAACAGACUGGGUGGUGUGGAUUCGGUGAUUCCUGCAAAUUCUUACACGCCCGCGAGGACUAUAAACAAGGCUGGGAACUGGAUCGUGAUUGGGAAAUUGGUACCAACGGCAAGAAAUUGAGUGGCCGUGUGGUAUCGCAAAGAAAAGGCGCCGGGAAGACGGCAGAAAACGACGAGGACGAUGACGAUGACGAGCUGCUGGACAGCAUUCCCUUUGCCUGCAUUAUCUGUCGGAAACCAUAUCAGAACCCGAUCAUCACCAAGUGUGGCCACUACUUUUGCGAGUCCUGUGCGCUGCAACGUUAUCGAAAGAAUCCAUCAUGUGCAGCGUGCGGGGCAGGUACCGGUGGCGUGUUUAAUACUGCGAAGAAGUUGAAUGCUUUGCUGGAGAAGAAGCGGGAGAAGGCCCGGAAGGAGCGAGAGAAGGCUAUUGAGGAGGGGGAGGAGGUUAGUGAGGAAGAGGAGAAUGAGGGCAGUGAUUAA